AUGUCGUCCGCCUGCCGCCGCAGCUCGUCACGCAUAUCCUCGACCUCGCCGCCGACCUCCUGCACGAGACGCUUGCGCCGCGUGACUUCGUGGGCGGAGAGGCCGUACCGCGCUGGGUCGGACUCGGCGGCUUGCACGGACUCGACGAGGUCGGCGAGGUCCUCGGCUAAGGUCGCGAGGGCAUGCUCGAGGUCGGAGCGCGCGGAGGCGAGCUCGGGGGAGGUUUGCGAGGUGGAGAGGCUGCGGAUGCGCAGGCCGGACAAACCCCUGCCGUACCCAGACUGUUGGAACAGCACUGAGGAAUAUGUUGAACAGCUUCUUAAGUUCACCACUACAUCGGACACCUUCCAGAUACUAUGCGGAGGAGUGCAUAUUCUGGAUUUCUUUACCAACGAUCCUGGCCUAUUUCAUACUACAAUACCACAGGACUGGCAACCGUUCCUCUUAGAAUGUGAUCCAAUGAAGCUUCUGGAUCUCCUUAUGAGGGAUGAUCUUGAUAAUUCUCCAGAUCUUCAAGCCCCAGAGAGCUUGGCCCAGUAUAUCAGGAGUAUAAGGAAGUUCUCGUUGGCAAGGAAGUUCUCUCCUAAAAAGGAGAAGCUUCCUAAGCUGACACGUAUGGUCUCAGUUGGGAUGAAGCCGAAAAAGAUCCACGAGGUGAGCAACUUUGCGAGUUACGUGGACACGCUCGCCAAGGACAUCGCUGCCAAUUACCAUCAAGAAAUCACACAUUUUGUCGAUUUCGGGAGCGGGCAGAACUAUUUAGGGAGAGCGUUAGCAAGUUCUCCUUACAAUAAGCAAAUUGUUGCCGUCGAGGGUAGAGAACACAAUAUCAUCGGCGCUAAAGAACUCGACAUGCAUGCGGGCCUUUCCGAGAAGCAAAAGGUUAUACGUAACAAAAAACUCUGGUUGCAACAACUUGAUAGCAUGACCCCUCCAGACCAAUUGGAUGAGAGGGCAUUAAGAAGAGCAGCAAAUCCUAUAAAACCUAUAAAACCCUCGGGCGAGUAUGUCCCUGAUUUCAGACCUCGAACGGAAUUUGCACCCAUCUACACUCCUGAGGAAGGCAAGGGAUUUAUACGUUAUGUCGAAGGAAGGCUCGAAUCGGGAGAUUUGACGGACGUGAUCAACCAACUUGAAGACGACCCUCUUGCUGAAGAGAAAGGACGGGGUGACCCAAGUCUGAUGGCCAUUUCCAUUCAUUCUUGCGGAAAUUUAUCGCAUCAUGGUAUCCGGUCUUUAAUUCUCAACCCACGUGUCCAAGCUAUUGCCAUCGUCGGCUGUUGCUACAACCUCAUGACAGAAAAGCUAGGCCCCCCCACGUACAAACACCCGUACAUGAGACCCAGUCUCCAAGCCCUGAAUGGGCGUGUGGUUAGAGAGUCUGAGAGACGCGACCCACAGGGAUUUCCGAUGAGCGAUCGGCUAUGUAGCCACAAUGAUGUUGGGGUUCGACUCAAUAUAACAGCACGCAUGAUGGCAUGUCAGGCCCCGCAAAACUGGACAGAAGCCGAAAGUGAUUCCUUCUUCACCCGACACUUCUACCGUGCCGUUCUACAAAAGAUAUUCUUUGACCGAGGCGUUAUUUCCAAGAUUCAUCACAAAAGUGAUGUGGAAAAUGAUGCCAACUCAUCCCAGAGUCCAUUUAACUUCAGCACAAAUCCUGUGAUCAUCGGCUCUCUCCGAAAAUCGUGCUAUAAAUCGUUCGGGUCGUACGUGAGAGGAGCGAUCACCAAGCUCACUACCAAUUCGGAAUAUCAUGAGUACUGCGACAUAAUCAGGGAGAAAAUGAUCGAUAUCACCGAUGAAGAGAUCGCGAGAUACGAAGAGUCAUAUGGCCCGCGUAAGCGAGAACUCAGUGCCAUUUGGUCCCUUAUGGCUUUUAGCGCUAUUGUGACCGAGUCCUUGAUAGUGACCGAUAGAUGGCUAUUUCUCCAGCAGCAUUCCGAACUAGUACAAGAUUCCUGGGUGGAGGCAGUAUUCGACUAUCGAGAAAGUCCCCGAAAUAUGGUUGUGGUUGGCGUUAAACGGGUGACUCCUUGA